AUGCCCACGCCUUUAGACAACGCCAUGAAGUCCAGAAGUGCAGUUCUUGCAUUCGGUGGCUUGGUGACGGCCGCGGCUGUCUGGGCAAUUUAUGGAGGCGACAUGUUUCCCGCUGCUCCGGACCCGACCGGCAACCCAGAGAAUUGGACCAGAGAGGAGAUGAGGAGAUGGCUGGCCGCGAGGAAUCUCUUUCCCAAUGACAACGACAAGCGAGAGGAGCUCCUAGCACGAGUGCUGGCCAACAUGAGGGCUCCAAGACGGUGA